UGGUCGUAUGCUGCGUUAUCUUAUCGGUAUAUAAGCAACAUUAUUUUAGUGACGCCAACAUUUUGGGGUUUAAAUAGUCUGGUUGUAAAUUAUCAGCAGAAGUGCGGUGGGGGUGGCUCAGUUUAUCCGGCUCAAUUUGAUUUCGACCAGUGAAUAAAACCUGAGCGUGUGUGCUGCUAUUUGUGAUAUUGUGAUACUCCAUAAAACCAAAUUAAAUAAGAUGGAUGAAAAGGAAUUGGAAACAUUUUUUGGAAUGACGGAAUCCAAGGCGAAAGAGACGGCCAAAAACGUUACGUUAUCGAAAUAUUUAAAGGAAGCAGUCGUGGAGUAUAAGAGCAAUGGAGGCGCUGAUCCACCCUCGAAAAAAGUAGCAAAUCUCAUUUACGCCAUUGGAUCAAAAAUGAAGCCUGCCAUUCAGAAGUAUGUGCCAAUUCUUAUCAAGUAUGUCUUGUCAGAAAAGCUGGACACGGAACAGCGAGUGACAGCUGCCUUAAAAUAUUUAUUGGAAAACUUGAAGGACCCAGUUCUGAACGUAGCGAGUUUCGAAGAAUCCUGUGGAGUCGGAAUUAAAAUAACUGACGAUGAUAUCGAAAGUGCUGUGAAAGUUGCAAUGGAUCACUACAAAAGCGAAGUUUUGGAAAAGAGAUAUCGUUUCAAUCUAGGCACUGUCCUAUCACAUGUUCGAAACCUUCCAGGGAUGAGUUGGGCGGAUGGUGGAAAAGUUCGAAAUGAGGCGGAAACCCAGCUCAUCGUUCUACUCGGACCUAAAACUGAUGCAGAUAGACUUCCUUUACCCAAAGAAGCAGGUCAGCCAAAAGCUAAAGACUCGAAUACUUCCAAGAGCAAUAAAGGAGGAGGAGCACCGAAAGGAGGAUCUGGUGAUACGAAAGCAGCCAUAGGAUCAGCAGCAAGUGCAGUAGACGAAGACGAGAAUUUAACUCCACAAGAGAGAAUUAUCAAUAUUUUAAAGAAACUUCCGUUUCACAAACCUGGUGGGAAUUAUACCACUGAAGGAUAUCCUACUUCUGGGCUAGCAAUGGAAUUAUUAAAAAAGCAUAUGAAGGAAACAGGUGGACAGGUCAGAACAAGGUUUCCUCCAGAACCGAAUGGUAUUCUACACAUUGGCCACGCAAAAGCAAUUAAUAUUAAUUUUGGUUAUGCUCGUGCCAAUGAUGGAGUUUGUUUUCUUCGAUAUGAUGAUACCAAUCCUGAAAAGGAGGAGGAACGAUUUUUUCUAAGCAUUAACGAAAUGGUAGAAUGGCUAGGAUAUUCUCCGUUCAAAAUCACUCACGCAUCCGAUUACUUUGAAGAGUUAUACCAAUUUGCGAAGGUCCUAAUUCAUAAAGGAUUGGCAUAUGUUUGCCACCAGACUGCUGAUCAGAUGAAAGGUUUCAAUACAGAAGUAUCCCCUUGGAGAGAUCGGCCUGUUGAUUUAAAUCUACAGUUAUUUGAGGACAUGAAAACGGGAAAAUAUGAAGAGGGAGAGGCUACUUUGCGUAUGAAAAUUACUCUAGAGGAAGGAAAGCAAGAUCCCGUGGCCUAUAGGGUUCGAUAUGUUCCUCAUCCAAAAGCUGGCUCAAAAUGGUGCAUCUACCCCACUUAUGAUUUUACCCAUUGUUUGUGCGAUUCUCUGGAAAAUAUUACUCAUUCGCUGUGUACCAAGGAAUUUCAGAACCGUCGCUCUUCCUACUAUUGGUUGUGUGAGUCCGUUGAAACGUACAUUCCUGUUCAGUGGGAGUAUGGACGUUUAAACAUGUGCUACACUGUGGUGUCCAAAAGGAAGAUUGCUAAAUUGAUUGAUGAAGGAAUCGUGACUGACUGGGAUGACCCACGACUCUUCACUCUUCCUGCACUCCGACGUCGAGGAUUCCCAGCAGAAGCCGUCAAUGAUUUCUGCGUCCGCAUGGGGGUUACAGGUGCAACUAUUAUGGUCGAACCGGCUAUGUUGGAGGCAUGUGUUCGCGACAGAUUGAACAUUACUGCACCACGAACAAUGGUUGUUUUGGAACCUCUCAAAGUUGUAAUUGAAAACUUUCCUCAUCCGGACAAUCAUAUGAUCGAAGUGCCAGAUUUUCCGUCGGUCAGUGGUUCGGCAGUUCACAAGGUUGCCUUACGGCGUGUCAUCUACAUUGAAUCCAGUGAUUUUGUUGAAAAACCCGAUAAAGGUUAUAAGCGAUUUGCUCCUGGCCAACCGGUCGGUCUUCGCCAUGCGGGACUUGUUUUGACAUAUAAAAAAUGUCACCAAGAAGGUGGACGUGUUACUCAACUCGAUGUAUCUUGUGAACUCGUUUCAAGUUCCAAUAAACCAAAAGGUUUCAUUCAUUGGGUUGCGGAUCCUGUGAAAGUAGAAGUUCGUCUUUAUGAUCGUCUAUUUCAACACAAAAAUCCUGAAGAUCCUGAACAAGUUCCUGGUGGAUUUCUUUCUGAUUGUAAACUUGACAGCCUGCACAAAGUUGAAGCUCUUGCCGAUGCACAUAUCAAAGAGCCCAAAGUGUAUUCCCAAUUUCAAUUUGAACGCAUGGGAUUUUUCUCUGUAGAUCCGGACAGUUCGAACAAAGGCCUCGUUUUCAACCGCACGGUCACAUUAAAAGAGGACAACGAAAAGAAAUAAACCUUACAAUCUCCUAUCUGCAUAUGCAUCUUGAUGAUUUAAUAACUUAUGAACCUUACCAAAUUGUGCUGAAGGAUGACUAAUCUGUGAAAUUAUUAUGUGGCUUAAACUUAAAUUAUGUUAUUCGUGUGUGAUGAUUCUUUUUUAAUCUUUUCCAAUGUCAUUGUAAGAGAUUUUUUGUAAACUAUAAUUAUUAAAGUAUUGGUUAUAACAAAA